GGUUAUUCGGGGUGUUGUUCUGUUUGGACACUGGGUAACGAGGAUCUUUGGCCGCGAUAACGAUAUCAACUCCUCUCUAAUUGCUUUUUGCUCUUUUCUAGGUUAUGGAGACUGGAACUCUGGGACGAACAGAGGUUACGAGGGAUACGGCUACGGCUAUGGCUACGGCCAGGAUAACUCGGGUCAUUACGGCUACGGCAUGGCCGGCUCCAACUCCUGGGACAUGGCCAAUUCGGACGUUGACAUGAACCCCGACGGUUCGGGCGGCGGCGACGCCGACACCGUCAUGGGGAAGAUGAACCAGCGCCUGGACAUGGUGUCGCACAUGGAUACGGACGCGAUGCCGGGGGGACACUACGGAUCUGGCGGAGACAGGUACGACUCGUACGAAUCCUACGACUCGAGAUCUUCCAUGAACGACCGCGACAUGUACCGCUCCGGUUACGAUUACAACGAACCCGACCAUGACAACGACAACGCUUACGAAGGUCCCUACGACAACUUCUACGGGAGCCGUCGGGAUCAAUAUCAGAACAGAUCCCGGGACAGCUUUGGUCAGCGGGGUCAGAACUGGGGUAGAGACGGACGCAAUAACAGACCCAUGACGUCGUCCUAUCCCGGGCGCAUGGGCGGACAGUGGAACGAGCCUCCUCAAUCCAUGGGAUCGCGAGGUCUCGGUCCUCACGGUUCCUCCAGGCUUCCUUCCCUCUUCUCCCACAACAUUCUCCCGGAACUCAACGUGUUCCAGGGAAUGCGAGGUUUCUCGGGAAAUAUGCGUUACGGAGGAGGAAUGAUGAAACAACGAAUGAGGAGAAACUGGAAAAUGUGGGAUUCGGAUUUUAAAGUAAGUAAAAAGAGAAUCAAAAAAGAUCUCACCGGGAAGAAACGGAAACAAACGAACAGCUCGGAUGAACCCGACAGCAAAGCGGCCAAGACGGACGGUUCCGAUAACUCCGAUUCUGACAACGAGGAGGGAACGGAAGGAGAAUCGGGAGAAAAAGAGGAGAAAGAGGGUUCCAGAGGCGAAGGGGAAGAUGAAGAAGGAAGAGAUUCAGAGAAAGGUGAGUUGAUGCGCGCAAUGGCUCGUUGGUGCUCCAAAGCUCUGCGUCGAGU